AUGUCGAACCCAACUCUGGACCAUGAGAAGCAGGAGAUCAACUAUGUUGAACAUGUAGAGACAAGCGACUCGUCCAUGAAUCUUCAUAAAGAACAGACUCUCUCGGGUGUGGACAUGAAGAACACCUCAGCAGUGAAAGGUGAUGAUUCUGAUGGCAAAGUUAUUUGGAGCGUUCGCAGUAUCUUUUCGGCAAUCUUCCUCGCAGCACUGUACACCGGCUCACAAGUCAUCCUCUACUUUGCGGGCGGCUCUCUGUCGUUUGUUGGAGCAGACUUAAACAUCACGCGUGGUAUCGUCUGGUUGCCGACCGCCAACAUCCUUGCCAUCGCUGCCACUUGUCCAUAUGCUGGCUACCUUCAAGACUUAUUCGGCAAACGGUACAUCGCUCUGUUCGGAACAUUUUGUAUCUGCCUAGGAUGUGCUCUUGUAGGGUCAGCACAAAACUUUGGGCAGGCCAUCGUAGGCAUGGCACUUUCAGGCGUGGGUGCCGCGAUUGGCGAGCUCACUGGCUUGGCUGGCCUCGCAGAAGUUGUUCCUGUCAAAUACCGUGGCUACUCAUUGGCUAUGGUCACUGCCUUUGUUAUUCCUUUCUGCCCAUACCUCUUGUAUGUGGAGUUAUGGUCGCACCGGGACCUGACGGUCGGCUGGCGGUGGGGUCCUUGGGUUUCGCUAAUCUACAAUGGCAUCGUGGGCAUUGGUCUACUCCUCACGUACUUCCCAAAAGCUCACACCCGAGCGGACGGCUUUUCUCGACGUGCAAUCUUGAAGAAAAUCGACUACAUGGGAGGGUUUCUCUCCAUCACCGGCUUGACUCUGUUUCUCGUCGCCCUCAACUCUGGCGGCUACACCCAUGCAUGGAGCAGUGCAUACAUUUUGUGCACUCUUCUUUUCGGCAUCGCACUCAUCACUGCGUGGAUUGUGUGGGAGUGGAAGUUCGCACCAUAUCCUAUGGUUCCCGGCGAGCUGUUCAGAGGCCAACGAAUUGUUGGUCUUGCUUACGUCGUGGCUUUUGCAGCUGGCAUGAACUUCUUCAGCAUCCUCAAUUUCUUCCCUAUAACGUUCACGUCAGUAUACGAGCCCGACCCAGUCAAGAUCGGUCUCCGCGCAAUGCCUCCUGCCUUCACCACUGCAAUCGGUGCCAUUCUGUUCAACGCAGCACUCUCUGUGUUUCCAGGCCGUGCAAGGGAAGUACUUCUCGUUGCCGUCCUUCUCAUGACUUGUUUCGCAGGUUCCCUUGCGGUCAUGACCCCAGAGAACGAGCAGCUGGUCGUAGGCCUGGGAUCCAUCGCCUCGCUAGGCAUUGGUGGUGUCCUCGUGCCUGCUGCCACUGUCGCUAUGAUCGUUUGCCCUGAUGCGCUCAUCACUACUGCAGCGGCGAUGUCGCUCAGCAUCCGCACUGUUGGCGGCAGUAUCGGCUACUCGAUCUACUACAAUGUGUUCGCUACAAAGCUCGAGCAGAACAUCCCAAAGUAUGCUGCGGAGUACGCGAUCAAAGCGGGUUUGCCGGUCAUGAGCGCUGUGGAGUUUGUUACAGUCUUCCUGAAUGCACCGGCAAACUUGACGAAUACACCAAUUGAAGGUGUCACACCUGCAGUGGUUGCAGGUGCGACGAAAGGUGUGCAGUGGGCUUACAGUCAAAGCCUAAAAUAUGUCUGGUUCACGUCGAUUGCCUUUGGCAGUAUUGCGAUUAUCUGCACCAUCCUGCUGCCAAGCACAAAGAAGUAUCAGACGAACCGUGUUGCUGUUCAAAUAUAG